AUGACUGCAAAAACUAGCCAACCCAGAGUGCAUGUCUUAGGACUUGGUAGCAUUGGUACCUUUGCAGCGCAUUGCCUCGCAGAGGUGCCAGCUCCUCUGACGCCGUCCGUCACCUUGUUACUGCAUCGCCCAUCUCUCGUCGACGAAUUUAUUAAGAGAGGUUGCAAAGUACGGUUGGAAACAAUAGAAGGAGGAGUUGUGGACCACCACGAUAAAUACAAUGUCGAAGUCUUGGAAAAAGGUGGAUGGCACCGCGUUCAGACAGAUACAGCGCGUGGAAGAUUAAGUGCAACGGUACAGGACGAUAUCAUCGACAACCUCAUUGUUUCAGUCAAGGAUGCGCAAACAACAGCAGCACUCAAACCACUAAAGCAUAGGCUCAACGCAUCCUCGCACAUUCUAUUUCUACAGAACGGAUCUGGAAUGGUUGAAGCCGCCAACGAAGAGGUUUUCACCGAACAAUCUACAAGACCAAAGUAUCUCACCGGUGUCAUCUCACACGGCAUCACACUAAAUGAUCCCUUCGAUAUUAAGCACACUGGAUUUUCUGCGACAUCACUAGGUCCUGUUCUUCGAUCAGAAUCUGACACAGAAGAAACUGCGCCAUCGUAUCUUCUGGAAGCUCUUCCUCUUGUCCCAAGGUUCAACGCUACGAGGUACUCAACUUUGGACGUUCUUCAGAUCCAAUUGGAAAAGCUCACUGUCAAUGCCUUCUGCAAUCCUCUCUGUGCUCUCAACGAUGCCAAAAACAAGUUCUUGUUCACCAUUCCCGACACUCGCCGAGCCCUUCUCACUGAGAUCUCUCAAGUUAUACAAGCACUUCCAGAGUUACAGGGGAUGUCUGGCAUCUCGGAGCGGUUCUCAGUUGACAAAUUGGAGAAAACAGUGAACGAUAUCAUUCUUAAAACAUCAGAGACGACUUGUUCGAUGGUGGUGGAUUUGCGCCGGAGGCAGAAGACAGAGAUAGAGUUUAUUAAUGGAUAUUGGUGUCGAAGAGGAAGGGAGGUUGGAGUACCGACACCCAUCAACGAUAGUCUAGUGCGACAGAUUCUGGAAAGGCAAGGAGACAAAGAGCUAGCGAAAGCGUAUUAA